UUCAUGAUGACAUAUUUUUUGAGCCCGCAUGCACACUAACUGACCUUCAUUUUCAAGAUGGCGGACGUUUCAAUGCAAAAAGUGAAAGAUUUGAUGGCAAAGAAAGAUGCAAUUGAACAGGAAAUCAAGGAGUUUCAAGACGUUCUUGAAUCUCAAAAAGGAGUCGGGAUGCAUGGAAAGUUGAUCGACGAUGAGAAUUAUCCCCGCUCAGAUAUCGAUGUUUACGCGGUUCGUGUUGCAAGAAAUCGAAUUAUAUGUCUUCAAAAUGACCAUAAGGCGUUAAUGAAGGAAAUAGAGGAAGGCAUUCAUGAGGUGCAUGCCAGAGCACGAGAACAGAAAAAUAAUGCAAAGGAAAACCAGGAGGAUAAAGAAAUGGCAGGUAAAGCUGCGAAGGUGGUUUAGUAAUCGAUUAAGUCUCUGGAUGUUCAAACAUUGUUAUUGUUCAAAGUAGGUAAAGAGCAUUACUUGUGGUUAAAUCGGUAUUUUCUCCAAAAUGCCAAUUUGAAAAAAGGUACAAAAGUCAGUUUUGAUAUUCGCUGCGUCUCUAAUUUGUCCAGCAGCCGGACAGGUUUUUCAAAAUACUCCAUGUCCGGCAGUCAAAAUUAUUUUUUAAAAAUUCAUUUAAUAAUAUCAAAUCCUUGUUUAUAUGGCUGAAUACUUCACUAUUUCCACCGUAGUGUGAAAUUUGGUGAGCUGGCACCCUACACCAGGAUUUAUAACAUAGACUAUUAUAAAAUAAUUGGCAGUCAAAACGUUUAAAUAGUACUCUGGUUAGCCUAAAAAUCACUCUGGUUAGCCUGAAUAGCACUUGGGAAGCCUGUUUAUGGUUAGCUUUCAAUAAUGCUAAGGGUAACUCUAUAAAUAUAUAAAAAAUUCUGAGCACUGCUGGCUGGUUGCCAUGGUGCAGUGGUCAUGGGUAUCGCUUGCCAUACCAGCUACCCGGGUUUGAUUCCUCUUGGGGUUGCCUGUCAUAAAGUUCUUUUCACGUUGCUUUAAUUUAUAAAACUCUCAUGGCCAGACACGGAGUAUUUUAAAAAACCUGCCCAGCUGUCGGACAUGUAGCCACAGUGUUUGAUAUUUCAAAGAAAUAAAUUCAGUAAACUCUUUUCUUAAAUAUGCCCAAUUCCCUCACAUAAAUUAUGGUAAGACUAAUAUCUUUUCUGUGAGACUUUGUUAACUUGCACAAAAAGUCAAG